AUUUACGCUAUAACUUUAGCCAACAAAUGCCUGUACAUUUAUCGAACAAUCGACUUAGUUUGUUUGCGUUGGUUUGGUUAGAUUUUAGUUGGGACUUUAGCUCACCAUAUACGUACAUCUGCCGUGCAUCUCCGUUUCAUUCUUCCCCAACUCACUCACACACGAUACCAGUCCGCUAUGGAUCGGAUGCAGCUUCUGCUAGUAGGCUUACCCCUCUUCCUCUUCUGCUCAGACAUCGUCAAUCUCUUUGCUCCUCCACCCCCCAAAGCCCCCCAACACAACCACCAUCACAAUCACCACAAAAUCCAAUCUUCAUCGCCUGUCAUUCAAGAAACUCUCCAGUUUCCUACCCAGAAAGUUAGUGGUGGGAUUGGAGGGAUUGGUAUUGGCAACACUGUCACCAUUGACUUUUGCUCUUCUUGCUCUUACAAGGGAAAUGCAGUGACAAUGAAGAAUAUGUUGGAAUCCUCAUUUCCUGGGAUCGAUGUUGUUCUUGCAAACUACCCUCCUCCACUUCCAAAACGCUUGUUGAGCAAAAUGGUACCUGUAGUACAGUUCGGGAUGAUUGGUAUUGUCAUGGGAGGGGAGCAAAUCUUCCCAAGGCUAGGAUUUGUAGCACCACCUCCUUGGUUCUACUCCCUGCGUGCAAAUAGAUUUGGAACCAUCUCAAGCACAUGGCUCCUUGGAAAUUUUCUUCAAUCUUUUCUGCAAAAUACGGGUGCUUUUGAAGUCUCUAUUAAUGGUGAACAGGUUUUCUCGAAGCUGAGGGAGCAUAGAUUUCCAGGUGAGAUUGAAUUGAAGGAUCUAAUAGGCAAGAAGAUUGGUGCUUCAAGAGUUGUAGAUAGCUUUGGUGGAGCUGCCUGGUCAUAGUAUCAAUGGUGAAGGAUCUCAAGGUGCAGCAUAAGAUCUAAUAUUGGAAAGACGAAGUGUACUAAACUUGAUUACUAUCUACUAGAUAUUAAGGUUCUGCCGUGCAAUAAGAGACACGAUUUAGUCCUAAGUCGAAGAUCAAAGUAUACCACUUUGAUGCCACCAAGUAGGGCGUAGUUUUGUUUUUUCUCUUGAUAGAUUAUUCCAGCUGACUGACCUGUAUGAGGAUUAUAUUUUACAAUGUGUGGUUUUUCAAAAUCUAUAUAAUUGCUAAAGCUAAACUAUUUUUCACAA